GCCUGCAGAGCAGGGUCCGUGACAGCUGAGGGAGCAUGCCGGGGCUCAACGUCCGCAGCGUUCUGGUGACCGGAUCCAACCGGGGAAUCGGGCUGGAGCUGGUGAAGCAGCUACUGGGGAAGUCAAACCCACCACAGUGGGUCUUUGCCACCUGCCGGGACCCAGAGGGAGCACGAGGACAGGAGCUGCAGAAUCUGGUUUCCAAACAUCCGAACCUGGUGAUGGUGAAACUAGAUGCCGUGAAUCCAGCGAGCAUUGAGGAAGCAGCCCGGAGGGUUGAGGAGCAGCUGGACAGCUUGGGCCUGAACCUGGUCAUAAAUAACGCUGGCAUUUUCUCCGACGUGUCUCUGGCAAUGGUGGAUUCUGAAGAGAUGCUGGAUGCCUACAAGACUAACGUGGUUGGGCCAUUGUUGGUGGGCCAGGCGUUCCUGCCCUUGCUGAAGAAGGCUGCCCAGGGAAGUAGCCAGAAAGGGCUGAGCUGCAGCAAGGCAGCCAUUGUCAACAUCUCUUCUGUUCUGGGAUCCAUCGAGAGAGUCCCUGAGAUUUUGACCAAGCCAGCUAUCUCCUACCGCUGCAGCAAGGCCGCUGUCAACAUGCUGACCCGAUGCCAGGCACUGACCUACGCAGAGGACGGGAUUCUGUGCGCUGCAGUUCACCCUGGCUGGGUGCAGACAGACAUGGGCACCCAAGAGGCCGACCUGCCCGUGGACAAAAGCGUGCAGGGGAUUCUCGCCGUGCUUCCUGCCCUCUCCGAGAAACACAGUGGGAGCUUCUGGAGCUGGGAAGGGAAGACUAUUCCCUGGUGAGAGAGCAGCACGGUACGUGGACUGAGAGCACAGGUGCUGGGUGCCAGAAGCCCUGCAGCCCGAGAGGGGAGGCCAUGACCGCAGGUGGUGCUCAGCUGCACAUGCUCCAUUGAAUCUGUUUAAGUGGUUGCAGAGCCAAGGUCACUGAGUAGAAAUCCCUUUGUUUGUAAAGGCACCGGUGGGUUCCAUACAGUCAGUGUGAUCCGCAGAUGGGGCCAUGAGCUUCCUGUAGCUCAGUCUCUAAUAAAUACCCUGAGACACAGACA